AUGGAGCAAAGAUUUGACCUCGUCCUCAUCAGUGACUAUUUCCUCGAAAGUAUGAUCCUCGUGCAGGACAAGCUCUGCCUCACCAUGGAUGAAGUCGUCACCUUAGUCGUCAACGCGCGCGAUAAAAAAUCUCCAUUAUCGCCAAAGACGAUAGAAAAUAUCAAAAACUGGAAUUCUUUCGAUCUUCAUUUGUUCGACCAUUUCAACUCGACUUUUUGGAAACAACUCGAAAGCGUUCCUGACUUACAAAAACGAAAAGACAACCUCAAACAACGUACUCAAGCGCUAAAAGAGUACUGCGUCGCUGAGCAAAAAGUAUGUGGCUAUUUUGACUCCAGUUGCGGCUGGCAAAAAGCUGGUGCUAAUAUCAAAGGAUUCUCUCUAACAGAAGCUGGUUCAAAGAAUCAACUCUGUAUCGAUCUAACGAUGCCUGAACGACCGUUUUUGGAGAAAAUCGCAAAGUUGCAAUGGCCGUUUUGGAAGGCUUUCUACUGGCCAAGUUUUUUAGAAUUUUAA